GUGUAUCAGAAAAUUAACAAACAAACGAAGAGGACCCAAAACUAAGAACUAAGGUCGGUAUUCAUCAAUAUCAGCAAUGGGGAUGAGACGAAUCCCUAAAACAGGAGAUGGGAAGAAGAUGAUGGGGGUGAUGAUCGUGAUGAAUUAUGCCCUGGAGAGUACGGAAGUCGUCGACAGGGCAAGGGAUGGCGAUAGGUCCUUUCUGGUCGAAGCCAUACUCGUCUUCGGCCUCCUUCAAGAGCCGAGCGAACAAAGGAUGGUUAACAUAAAUGACAGGAAUCACGAACCGCUCUUGCUGUUGGCCGACGAGAAUUGCCAAACACCCCUUGGGAGUCUCCACCUUGUUCCGAUGAUGAUGGUGGUGAAAGUGAGGCAAAUGAAUAUGGAAAUGGAAAUUCAGAUGCAGGAGGUGCUGAUGCUUGUCGCCACCGCCGCCACCGCCGCCAAACCCCAUCGGAAUUAGAAGAAAAAGAAGCCGCUGCAGCUGCUGCAAUUGGAAGCUUGUCAAAGAGUGAAGAUCCAAGCGUGAGAGGAAGAGAUGGCGAGGGUGAAGAGAUUGAAAGAGGAAUCAGUGAAGGAGGAAGGGAUGUUGCUCAUCGAGGCUUCACCCUAAUUCCGAUCAACAUAUAUAAAAGUGAAAACACAGCAGAAAAAGGGA